AUGCACCUUUCAGAGCAGGUUUCAAGUGGGACUGCUUAUGGUGUACCGGUACCGGUGGAAAUCGGGCUACUGUUGGCUGAAGGAGGAGAAGGAGAGGAGGAAGACGUCUACAGAGACAGCAGGAAAGGAGAAGUGGAGGAGAGUGGAGUCCCACACUCCCUGCAGUACAUCUACACUGCCAUCACACCAACUUUUAACUGCACAGCUGUUGGUCUGGUUAAUGGAGAGCAGAUUGUGUACUACGACAGCAACACCAAGAAAAUGAUCCCAAAGACAGAGUGGGUGAAGAAGAUCGAAGUUGAUGAUCCACAGUACUGGAAAAUCCAGACAGAGCAUAUGCAGAAUCAACUGGAGUUGUUUCAAGACAAUCUACAGGUGGUGAUACAGAGCUUUAGUCACGCUAAAGGUGUUCAUACACUACUGAAGAUGUACGGCUGUGAACUUGGUGAAAACAGCACCUCUAGUGGACACUAUCAGUACAGUUAUGAUCAAAAAGAUUUCUUCCAUCUCGAUCUAAAAACUGGAACCUGGACUCCAGCUGAUGAGAAAGCUGAGAUCUUUAUAGAGGCGUGGGAUCCGGAAGGAGAGAAAGUGAAAUACUGGAAGGACUUCUUGGAGACUGACUGUGUUGAUUGGUUAAAAAAGUACCCGAUUGAUGACAUGCAGGUUUGGGGGAAUAAAGUCCAAAAACCAGGUGGAGGACCAGGUGAAGGACCAGGUGAAGGAUCAGUUGGAGGACCAGGUGGAGGAUCAGUUGAAGGACGAGGUGGAGGAUCAGUUGGUGGACCAGGUGGAAUGCAGUCUCAUGUCAUUGUUGCUGUAGUCAUGGGUCUAUUUCUUUUCAUCAUUGUUGUGUAAUCUGAUCGCUCAAGAAAUCCAUACAGGAAAAACCAUCAAGGCUUAAACUUCAUUACAUUCCACAAACCACAAGAUUUCCCACCAGAUUCAUCUCACAAGUGACCAUCUCAAGUGAAAAGUGACUUCCUGACAAGGUGUUCCAGUGUUAAUGGUUACACGUAAACAGUCAUAAUUUCAUGCUUUACUUGGGUAGAGUUUGUUUACAUUUUCUGCACGAAUGGUAGCAACACAAAAAAAAAAAAUCAUUUUAUAUUUUCUAAUUUUUCAUCAUUUUGUAUUUUGGUCGUAUCAGCCUGUCAAGAACAUUAACAUGAAGCUAAAAUGAAAAUGCCAAUUUUAUGUGUGGAGGGAAAAAACUAUGUAGACCUUAUGAUCCAAUCAGUUGUAGAAUCAGAAUUUUUAUGGAUGAAUUCUGGCUCACACUCUCUCCCAACUAUCUUGAAUGUUUCCACUCCCGAGGGGUUCUGGAGGAACGUGGUCACAUUUUGUUGUGUACUGUGUCAGCUAUAUAUGGUUAAAAUGACAAUGAAAGCUUCUUGACUUGAAUAAUCAUUGUAGAAUGCUAAUAUUUAAAUCUUUUGGAAAUGGCCUUAUAACCCUUCCCAGAUUGAUAAGCAGCAACAAUUACUUUUCUGAGAUCAUUGCUGAUAUCCUUCCUCCUUGACAUUGUGUUAACACACCCCUGAAUGCUCUAGACCAGCAAACGGCUAAAACCUGGUCUUGGACCUGGUCCCACACUUAUUGACAAUUAAUGAAUUAAGGGAUUUAAUCAGCAGCACCUGAUUGCUAUUUAGCCUCGGAAACCUUAUGAAAGGUCUACACAGAUUUUCACACAUGGCUUCUUCAUUUUUAUGUGUAAUAUGUGAUGUGGUGAUGUUUAUCUGAGGUUUUGUUUACGUCAGUUUUAGAUUUAAUAAGGGCCACAUGAUUUUGAUCAUGUCCCAAUACCUAAAACUAAUGAGGUUGCUGUGAUGUAGAAGUACUUUGUUCUUCACAUGACUGAGCAAGAACGCUUGAUAGUAUCUGCACAUUCAUUUGAACUAUUUUGCACUUUAAGUUUUUGUAUAAAUGUGUGUGGGUACAAAAAGAUUGGCAGCUCUUAGCAAACCACUAUUUUGUAGAUAGACAUCUUCAAAAGCUUUGGACAAACAUUAAGUUGGUUUUACACUGGGCGUGUUUAAUGAAGUGUGAUUGUUCCACUGAGUUGGUCAGGUUUCAGAUUUGAUGCUGCAUUUGCCUCCAUUUUACAUCAAUACUACUCGUUUAGUAUACUAAAUAUAUAUACUUUUUUUUAAUCAUCUUUCAAAUAUAAGUAUUUUGUGAAGUGUUGGAUACCAAGACCAGACCAUGUUUCUUAUUGUGAAGUUAAAAUGUGACAGUAAAAUGUCUAUUAAACGAUUUUCAUCCAGA